CCCAGUCCAUCCCAGUAACUCCCAGUUCCUCCUAGUCUGACCAGUUGCUGCCCUCGCAGGUGCUGGCACCAUGGAGUACGAACGCAGGGGUGGCCGUGGGGACCGCACGGGGCGUUACGGGGGUGCCCCUCCCCCCUCCGAGGACGGCUCCCGCACCCAACGGGAUCACGACUAUCGCGACAUGGACUACCGGGGGUACGGGGGACCCCCCGAGGGACCCCCCAGUGCCGGGACCCCCCCUCAGAGCUCCUACGAGAGCUCGGAGCCGCCCCGGAAGCGGGAUCCGCCCCGGGAGCCUCCCCGGGAGCCCCCGGCGCUGCCGUUUGGCGCCGACGGCGAUUACCGGGACCAGGAUUACCGGGAGGGCGCCGAGGAGGAGCCGCGCGCCAGCACCAUCGUCAUGCUGCGCAUGCUGCCCCAGGCGGCCACCGAGAACGAUAUCCGGGCACAGCUGCAGGCGCAGGGGGUGCAGCCCCGUGAGGUGCGGCUGAUGCGCAACAAAUCCUCAGGUCAGAGCCGUGGAUUCGCCUUCGUGGAAUUCCAUCACGUGCAGGAGGCGGCCAGGUGGAUGGAGGCCAACCAGGCCGGGCUGACCCUGCUGGGGCACCGCGUGUCCCUGCACUACAGUGACCCCAAACCCAAAAUCAACGAGGACUGGCUCUGUGCCAAGUGCGGGGUGCAGAACUUCAAGCGCCGUGAGAAAUGUUUCAAGUGUGGCGUCCCCAAAGCCGAGGCCGAGCAGAGGGGUCCGGGGGGUCCCCGUCCGGAGCUGGUUCCAGGUGGGGGAGGGGGGCUCCUGCCCCUCCCCCAACCCUACGGCCCCACCCUCGGGGGUCCCCCCGGGGGGUCCCAGGGGGGCACCGAGCCUGGAGCUGACAACGCCAACGACACCAUCAUCCUGCGGAACCUGCACCCCCAGAGCAGCCUCGAGUCCAUCCUGGCCGCCCUCGCUCCCUUCGCGGCGCUCUCGGCCGCCAACGUGCGCGUGAUCAAAGAUCGGCAAACGCAGCUGAACCGCGGCUUCGCCUUCGUGCAGCUCAGCACCAUCGUGGAGGCUGCACAGCUGCUGCAGAUGCUGCAGGCCCUGCACCCACCCCUGCACAUCGACGGCAAGAGCAUCAACGUGGAGUUCGCCAAGGGCUCCAAGAGGGACGUGCAGGGGGCGGGGCCUGGGGAGGGGCCUCCUCGCGCCAGCGCCGCCUCCGUCGCCUCCACGGCCAUUGCUGCUGCCCAGUGGGCACUGUCACAGGCAGCCCCAGGUGGGGACACGCCCUGGGCGGGGGGGGAGGAGCCCAGCGCUGACUUCAGCGGCUUCUACCAAUCAGAGGAGCCCUUCCCCGGGCCUAGCCCCGCCCUCUACAGCCCCGCCUACCUGAAAGGAGCCUCGGCCCCGCCCACCGGCCCCGCCCUGCCUGGCCCCGCCCCCGCCAAGGCCGACGGCCCCGCCCCCGGUGUGGUCCCCGCCCUCCCCAGAGGUCCCCAGGUGUGGUCCCUGUUCUCAGGUGCGGAGGAGCCGCCCCAGGACCCCGCGGGGGGAGGGGGGGGAGGGGCAGCAGGGGGGGGGCCCUUCCCCCCCCGCGCCCCCCCUGGCGCCGCCCCCUACCCCUCCCCCACCACCGAGACCCCCGCGGCCGCGCCCUCGGGACCCCCCGGCCAGACCUACUCGGGGCCCCUCAAGGCCGAGACCCCAAAUUCGGCCCCCGCGGGGCCCCCCCCGGCCGCCCCCCCCAGCAGCGACGGCUACGGGCAGUACCCUGUGCCUGACGUCUCCACCUACCAGUACGACGAGACCUCGGGGUAUUACUACGACCCCCUCACGGGGCUCUACUACGACCCCCCCCUGCAGUACUAUUACGACGCGGGGGCGGGGCAGUACCUGUACUGGGACGGGGACAGACGCACCUACGUGGCCGCCCCCCCCCGCCGAGCCCCCCCGGGACCCCCGGGCACCCCCGGCACCCCAAAAGAGCCCAAGGACAAAAAGGAGAAACACAAAACCAAAACGGCCCAGCAG